AUGAUCUCCCGACUGUCGCUUGUCUUGCGCCUGGCUGUCACAUUCUAUACCGCGCUCGCAUCGGCAGCAGCUCAAGACCCAUCGUCCGGGUACCGGGUAGGCGAAAGCAUUCCUGUCAGCUGUCUGAACCGAACAAUCGACACGGGCGAGCACAUCACCGACGAAACGACAGGCCAACUCUCGUAUAUUCCCGCCUUCACAUGCAACGAGACCGGACGACCCCUCGAGCUGGUAUUUGGGGUGGAAAAGGACAUCAACUGCACCAUUGACUUCAUCGACGAUUCCUUCUUCCACCUCCUCGAAUUCUAUGUCCACAACGACGCRCCGUUGACAUGUCGAGUACCCACGCAACCUCUCCCUCCGGCUGUACUGAAAGAUGAGUUUGAAAAGGGAACAAAGGACCAGACAGAUGGGCAGGGCAGUUUGAGCGAGAUAUACACGCCCAUGAUAAUUGCUUUGACGGGGACACUGCAGCUCAGUCAUCUGCAUAUCAGCACAAGCAUGAACAUGCUGCUUCAUGCCGCACCGAAAUCGGUUGCGCCGGGCACCAUUGCUGCGGCGACCGCCUACUCCAUAUCACGGGAUCCUCCCAGCCGUGUGGUCAUUGGAGAUCCGCUACCACUGAGGUUCAGCGUCCGGUGGUAUCCGAACACGCAGCUGCCUUCAGGCUGGGCAGGCGUGGGAGGGCAUUUUACGUUCAGUACGCUGGUGUACUGCAUGACCUCGGCGAUGUUGUCUGCURCUUUUUGCGUGGCAUACUUCAGAGGCGUGGAGCUACCGAGGAGGCUCAAGAGCCAUGGAAAGGAUCGGCUGGGCGGAGUGGAGCGUGGUGGGCUGGGAAGCUACGGUCUCGUUAAUGGCGCGAACGGAUAUGGAGCACCCGUGUCAAAUGGCUAUGGCGGGUAUGGGAUUGGAAAGCGGGAUUGA